UUAAUCUACAUAACAUUGUAGAUGACCGACAAAUCUCCAGUGAACAUAUUAAUAAUUACGCUGUAUAAUACAGCUAGUUGAGUUGAGACGUUCGUCUAUUUGCUUCCCAUUUCGGCCUUUAAACACAUUUACACAGCACAUAUCAUUUUAGCGCCUUAAUCAACCUAAAUUAAGCACAUAAAUAAAACAUCAACACAACAUCUUAUUGAUCAGUCAGUUUAUUUGAAAUCGUUGCCGUGAAGUGGUCAAACAAUUUUUUUCGCGAACAACUCGCAAAAAUUCAAUUUUUGCCAGUGUUUUUGUUUUUAUUGUAUUGUACAGUGUGUGUAAACACACAAGAUCUAUUGAGUAUCGUUUUUUUUUUUAAAUAUAUAUCGAAAAUUAAAAGAUAAAUCGUAACGAAAAUGGCCGAAGCCGGCGUUUUGCGUGCUUCGCGUGCGUUCCAUAGCGUUCAUCAGACAUUGAGCCGCGCUGCAACGUUGUGCAGUUUGCUAUUGGUACUGUCAUUGACUAGUGUUAGUUUGGCAGCCACAACCGGAGGACGUGCAAGUGCAGUAAUUCCACAGCCCGCUACAAAUAUACAGGGAAAUAAAAAUUCAAGACCAACCGUCAUGCAUUCCGCUUUUACAAAUGCAGGCCGGGCAGCCGGUUUAGAAAUUUGGCGAGUUGAGAAUUUCGAACCGGUUGCGGUUCCCCGAUCUGACCAUGGAAAGUUCUUCACCGGGGACUCGUACAUUGUUUUGAAUACCAAAUCGGAUAGCAAGAAGAAGUUAUCAUGGGAUGUUCAUUUUUGGCUUGGUUUGGAGACGUCCAGAGACGAAGCAGGUGCUGCAGCCAUUUUAACUGUUCAAUUGGAUGAUUUGCUCGGCGGAGCCCCAGUACAAUAUCGCGAAGUUCAAGAGCAUGAAUCGGCCAAAUUUCUGGGCUACUUCCGAAAUAGCAUUCGAUAUGUGGCUGGUGGUGUUGCAAGCGGUUUCAGCCAUGUUACCACAAAUGAUGGUGGACAAAAACGUUUAUUCCAAGUUAAAGGAAAGCGCAACGUUCGCGUUCGUGAAAUUGGUCUUUCGGUGUCGAAUAUGAACAAGGGUGACUGCUUCAUUCUCGAAAACAACCGUGAUAUUUAUGUUUAUGUUGGUCCAAGCUCAAAACGUGUCGAGAAAUUAAAGGCAAUUAGCGCUGCCAACCAGAUCAGAGACCAAGAUCACAACGGCCGUGCCUCGGUGCAUAUUCUCGAUGAAUUCAGCACACUUGAUGACAAAGAAGAUUUCUUCCGUGUUUUGGGCAGUGGAUCGGCUGAUAAGGUGCCAGAAGAUUCAACAGCUGAAGAGGAUGCUGCUUUCGAAACCAGUGAUGCAGCUGCCGUUACUCUGUACAAAGUGACCGACGCUGGUGGCUCAUUGAAAGUGGAGACCAUUUCCACCAAACCCAUUCGCCAAGAAAUGCUCAAGAGCGAGGAUUGUUUCAUUUUGGACACUGGUUCGGCCCUAUACGUAUGGGUUGGCCGUGGUGCUACGCAACAAGAGAAAUCACAAUCGAUUGUACGCGCUCAAAACUUUAUUCAAUCGAAGAAAUACCCCUCCUGGACGCCAGUCCAUCGAAUUGUUGAGAAUGCCGAAACGGCUCCAUUCAAACAGUAUUUCGCGACCUGGCGUGAUAUUGGUAUGCAACAUACUCGUUUGAUCCGUGCUGCCAAAGACAUCGAUUCCGAUUCGGGCAUGGAAGAUGAAAUCGAUCCAAAUGAAAUUCGUGCAUUGAAGAAGAGCGGUGGCCGUGCUCUUGGUUUUAUGCCAGACAAUGGAGAGGGUGACGUUGAAAUUUGGCGUAUUGACAACAGCCAACCAGUUGCAACCAAACCAACUGGAAUUUUGUUUGGCUCAAAAGCAUACGUCUUGAAAUAUCAUUACAAGCAUGGUGGCGAAGAAGGUGUAGUUAUCUACUACUGGCAAGGUAAAAAUGCUUCAAGCAAGGACAAAGCCUCGUCAGCGAUGUACACAUCUCAAUUGGACCGCGAAUUAAAUGACAUAGCGUUGCAAGUACGCGUCGUGCAAGGCUUUGAGCCACGUCACUUUUUGAAAAUAUUCAAGGGAAAAUUGAUUACGUACACACAUGAUGAUGCUGCUGACAAAACGCAUUUGUUCCGUAUUCGCGGAACAUGUGCCGAAGAUGUGCGGGCCGAUGAACGUGAUGCGAUCGCUUCUAGUCUUGCCUCGGACGAUGUGUUCAUUCUGCGAACACCAUCAAACGCAUUCAUUUGGAAUGGUCUCGGCGCUUCGAAAUUCGAAAAAGAAAUGGCUUCUGUUGUCAUUAAUGCUAUUGCUCCAAAUAUUGACGCACAAAUAAUCGAUGAGAACGCCGAACCGGCCGCAUUUUGGGCAGCGCUCAAUGGCAAAGGUGAAUAUGACACCGAAUUGGAUCCACCAGGUGCACCAUUUUUGGAGCCCCGUUUGUUCCACUGCAAAUUGCUUGCGAAUGGCAAAUUGCGCGUUGAAGAAGUGGAUGAUUUUGACCAAGAAGAUUUGGAUGAAGAUGAUGUCAUGAUUAUGGACGGAGGCGAUGAGGUGUACGUGUGGGAGGGCAAAGAUUCAAGCCAUGAAGAGCGUCGCAAAUCGAUUGAAGUGGCUCAUCAAUAUAUUCGUAAUGACCCAUCGGAACGAUCCGAAGAGAGUGCGGUCAUUGUUCGAAUUCGUCAGGGUAAUGAACCACGAAGCUUCAAACGUUUAUUCCCAACUUGGAAUAAUGAUAUGUGGAAGAUUGAAGCAAUGAAAUGACAUACCCGAUCUAAUCAAUUUAACCAACAAAUAUUCCAAUACCUUUACUAAAUGUUGUAACUACCGAUUUUUUUUUAAACCAAGAUUGAGACAAAAUUGGAAUUAAUAAAAGAUUUAGUUUCUAAGAUGAACAUUACUUGAAAGCUUAUUUGUGCUCCGAUAAUAUCCAUUAAUAUACUGAGUCUUUUUUUCAAUGAAAGAAAUUAAUAAUAAAUAUUUAAGCAAAUACUUCACACAUAUUGUAAAUGCACAUGAAAAUUCCAUUAACAUUCCGUUCUAACAAAUUAUUGCAAUUAACGUCACGUAUUGGUGUGUGCUAAACAAAAACAAAUGCUGCUUUUAGCGUGUACCGUAAAAAUUGUAUUUUCUUAUUUCUAAUUUGAAAAUGUAUCAAAAUUCCAGUCUCGACCAUCGUACGAGCAGUUGCGAAAUGAAACUCUACAGAAGAACAAACUAAAAUAGAACGACGGAAUGCAAAUUAUUAUCAAAACAAACUUGACAAACAUGACGUAUUAUUUGAUUUGUUAUGGAAAUAUGUUACCAUAUUAUGCACAAAGAGUCAUUGUUAAAAUGAAAUGCCAAAUAAAUGUUUGAUCGAAUAAAA